UCCCCUCUCUUGGGUUUGUGUGGCCUCUCUCCCUCCACACCCAGAACCAGAGGGAGAGCAGAGGACUCCCGAGAACUCCAUGGCCACCAUGGACGUCCUCUCCGCCAAGCUCCUCCGCUCCUCCCUCCACCCCCACGCCCCCUUUCGCCCCUCCCCGUCUCUUCCCUCCCGCCGCCAUCGCCGUUCUUCCCCAAUCCACUGCCGCCUCACCACCUCCCUAUCCUCCUCCGCGACCACCACAUCCGAGGGGGACGCAGACCAGGACCUCUCCGCCCUCCUCUCUGGUGAUUCCGCCAAAGCCGCGUCCGGCGCCGGGUCAAGGAAGAAGCGGUCCAACAGCGGCGCCUCGAGCAUCCCGUCCGGGGUGCGGCUGGAGAACAUCUCCAAGUCGUACAAGGGGGUGACCGUCCUCAAGGACGUGUCCUGGGAGGUGCAGCGCGGGGAGAAGGUGGGACUCGUCGGCGUAAACGGCGCUGGCAAGACCACGCAGCUCCGCAUCAUCGCCGGCCUCGAGGACCCCGACGGCGGCAACGUCAUCAAGGCCAAGGAGAACAUGAAGAUCGCCUUCCUCAGCCAGGAAUUCGAGGUCAAGGCCUCCCGGACCGUCAGGGAAGAGUUCCUCAGUGCCUUCCAGGAAGAGAUGGGUGUCAAGGACCGUCUCGACCAGGUGCAGGCGGCGCUCGAGCGCGCCACCGAGGACAUGGACCUCAUGGGGAGGCUCCUCGAUGAGCUUGACCUCCUGCAGCGCCAGUCGCAGGAUGUCGACCUUGGCAUGGUGGAGGUCAAGAUUCAGAAGCUCAUGCCCGAGCUGGGCUUCGUGCCGGAGGAUGCCGAUCGACUCGUAGCAUCCUUCAGCGGCGGCUGGAAAAUGAGGAUGUCGCUGGGGAAGAUACUUCUUCAGGAUCCUGAUUUGCUUCUACUCGAUGAGCCCACAAAUCACGUCGAUUUGGACACCAUUGAGUGGCUCGAGAGCUACCUUAAGACGCAGGAUGUGCCGAUGGUCAUCAUAUCUCAUGACAGGGCUUUCCUUGAUCAGUGUUGUACGAAGAUAGUGGAGACUGAAUUUGGUGUCUCCAAAACAUAUAAGGGUAACUAUUCUGAAUAUAUUCUAGAAAAGGCGAUAUGGGUGGAAACUCAGCGCGCGGCGUGGGAGAAGCAGCAGAAGGAGAUCGAACACACAAAGGAACUGAUAGCUCGGCUUGGGGCUGGAGCUAGCUCAGGGCGUGCUUCAAGUGAGCAGAAGAAAUUGGAAAAGCUUGAGAAAGAAGGGUUGAUUGAGAAACCUUUCCAAAGAAAGCAGUUAAAGAUCAGGUUUCCCGAGCGUGGGAGAAGCGGCAGAACUGUGUUAGCAAUAAACAAUCUCAAAUUUGGAUUCGGGGACAAGACAUUGUUCAACAAUGCUAACCUGAUAGUUGAGAGAGGCGAAAAAAUAGCUAUUAUUGGCCCCAACGGAUGUGGGAAGAGCACAUUACUGAAACUUGCUUUGGGGAUGGAGAAACCACAAGAAGGUGAAGUGAUCCUUGGGGAGCAUAAUGUGCUGCCAAACUAUUUCGAGCAGAAUCAGGCAGAAGCUCUCGAUCUAGAGAAAACCGUGCUGGACACUGUGGCUGAUGCUGCAGAGGACUGGAAAAUUGAUGAUAUCAAAGGUCUCCUUGGUCGUUGUAAUUUUAGGGAUGACAUGCUAGAUAGAAAGGUUCAGUUUUUAAGUGGCGGAGAGAAGGCGAGGCUUUCCUUUUGCAAGUUCAUGGUGACCCCAUCUACUUUACUGAUUUUGGAUGAACCAACAAAUCACCUUGAUAUUCCAUCAAAAGAAAUGCUUGAGGAGGCAAUAUCUGAAUACACAGGCACCGUGAUAACAGUUUCUCAUGAUCGGUAUUUUGUAAAACAAAUAGUUAACAGGGUCAUUGAAGUUAAAGAUCAAACUAUCCAGGACUAUCAAGGAGAUUACAAUUAUUACCUUGAAAGGAACCUUGAGGCCAGAGAGAGGGAACUUGCACGUGCUGAAGAGCUUGAGGAAAAGGCCCCAAAAGUAAAAGCCAAGUCAAAAAUGUCCAAGGCAGAGAAAAUUGCAAGGAAGAAACAGAAGGUGCAGGCCUUCCAACAGAGCAAGCAGAAAUCGAAAUCGAUGAAAAACUCCAAGAGGUGGAAUUGAGGUGUCAUGGUCCCUUAUUUAAGGUGCGCUUUGCAGUGCCGUCGACGAUCGGCGAGUGCCAGGCAUGCCCCUGGUGUGAUGCUACGACCCACAUAUCGACAGAAGCAACAGUGGCAUACAUCAGCAAUGACCAAGGAGCUAAUCCUACUAGUUAUAGCAUUAUAGAAGACCAAACGCUGGGACUAAAGGAGGGAGUGAUUUGUAACCUUGUACAUAAUACAGUCAGUUUUUUGAUCGAGGAAGGCUUGAUGUGUAACGAUUAACGAAUGGGAAUGCCAUUUAUGCUCUUC